GUGUUUUCAAUGUCCUCGCGGAAGACUAGCAGAGCGACCGACACACAGAAAAAAAAACCCAAACAGAAAUCAGAAAACACCGGGAAUAAUACACAGAUGAGUGUGUGUCUGCUGCAGCACGGUGUGUGUGUGACUGUGUGAGUGUGUGGCAGACAUGGUGUUAGAGCUGCGGACCUGAAGGAGAACAGCCGGCAUCACCAUGGCCCACCACGUAGGCAACGGAGGAGCAGAGGAGGAGGACUGCUUUGAAGAUGCCUAUGACAGAAUACCUGCAGCGUGUAAGAUGGACCUUCACACAGCCAUCCAGGAGACUCAGUGCGCUCUGAACCUGGUCCUCAACAACAAGUUCUCCGAAGCCCUGGACCUCCUCAAACCAUGGUCCAGGGACAGUAUGUACCAUGCUCUGGGAUACAGCACCAUCUUAGUGAUGCAGGCCACCAUGACCUUCGAGCACAGAGACAUCCAGGCGGCCAUGUCCACCAUCAAGGACGCUCUGCAGACCUGCCAGAGAUUCAGGAAGAGGAACUCGGUGGUUGGCUCUCUGACCAGUCUGAUCAGCAAGCAGUCCAACCUGCAGGAAGAGGAGAUGCACGCAGAGAUCUGCUACGCCGAGUGUCUUCUGCAGAAAGCCACGCUGACCUUUGUUCAGGAUGAAAACAUGAUCAGUUUUAUAAAAGGAGGACUCAAGAUUCGAACCAGCUACCAAAUCUACAAGGAAUGUCAGAACUCUCUGAACGCCGCUCAGGACGUUCAGUCCGACGCCUUCAAGCAGUUUGAGGGCGGCGUGAAGCUCGGCAUCGGGUCCUUCAACCUGAUGCUGUCUCUUCUACCGCAGAGGAUUUUGAGGUUGUUGGAGUUCAUCGGAUUCUCAGGAAACAGGGGCUUUGGCUUGUCUCAGCUGAGGGAGGGAGCCUCGAGUCAGAGUCUUCGAUCCGUCCUCUGCGCUCUCACGCUGCUCUUCUACAACACAUACGUCUCCCUGAUACUCGGGACUGGAGAGGGAAACCUUCUGGAGGCCGAAUCUCUGCUGGAGCCGUACCAACAGAAAUACCCCAAAGGCUCCAUCAUUCUCUUCUACUCCGCUCGCAUCUCAGCGCUACGAGGGAACUUCGAGAAGGCGCGGGCGAUGUACGAGGAGUGCAUCAGCAGCCAGCAGGAGUGGAAGCAGAUCCACCAUCUGUGCUACUGGGAGCUGAUGUGGACUCACUCCUACCAGCAGGAGUGGCAGCAGGCGUACCUUUACGCUGACCUGCUGUGCAAGGAGAGCCGCUGGUCCAAGGCUAUUUAUGUGUACCAGAAGGCGGCCAUCCUCAGUAUGAUGACAGAGGAGGAAGUAAAGACGACGGGGGAAGACAUCAUGGAGCUCUUUAGGCAGGUGGAGGGGCUGAAACAGCGGCUGGCGGGGAAGUCGAUCCCAACGGAGAAGUUUGCCGUGAGGAAAUCCAGACGCUACAAAGCUGCUAGCCCCAUCCCGCUGGUCAUCCCCGCACUGGAGAUGAUGUACGUCUGGAACGGUUUCACCAUCGUUGGGAAGAGAGCCGACAGCACCGAGGCCUUGCUGGUAACCAUAGAGACGGCAGAGGAGCAGCUACGCAACGACCCCAGCCCGUCAGAGUUUCAUCCCGACGACAGCUGCCUGGUCCAGAUGUUGAAGGGCCUCUGUCUGAAACACCUGGGCAGGUUACUGCAGGCAGAGCUCUGCUUCACACAGGUCCUCUCCAGCGAGAGUCGUAUCAGAUACGAUCACUACUUGAUUCCCUUCACUCUGUACGAGCUGGGGCUGCUUCACAAACAGCAGGGAGACUUCGCCAAGGCCACCACCUACAUCGAGAACGCCAAGACGAACUACAAGGAUUACUCCAUGGAGUCCCGGCUUCACUUCAGGAUCCACGCGGCUCUGAGCAGCCUCAAAGGGUCUCCUGUUGGCACCCCAUAAUACUCCAUAACACCCCAUAAUACCCCAUAAUACCCCAUAAUACCCCAAAAUAGACCAUAAAUACCCCAAAAU